AUGGGAAUACUGGUGGUGCCGGUGCCCUGGUGGAAGAUGGUGAAAAUCUGGUUCAUCGUCUGCUUCUGCAGCCUCCUCUCUCCCUCUCACGGGCUCCUGGAGACCGUAGGAAGCAUAGCUCGGCUCGAUAAAGAUGAAUUAGAAAAAGCCAUCCACAACUCCCUGGUGGAGGGACCCCUUCUUCAGGGGGUCCUGGGGACGGUGACGUCGGUGAAUUCGGGGUUGAUCGGAAGCAACGGCAUCUUGGGAGGCGGAGGUCUCCUCAGCACCGGGGGCCUGUUCGAGGUUCUGGAGAACCUCUCCGGGCUGAAGGUUGAGGAGCUGGUUCUUCCCAAAGUGUCUCUGAAACUGCUGUCUGGAAUUGGAAUCCGCCUCAACCUAGAGACCAAAGUGGGGCUGAAUGGAGCCGGCCCCCUGGGGGGUCUGCUGCAGCUGGGGGUCGAGGUCAACGUGUCGUCCAAGCUGGCCCUGGGCGUGAGCGAGAUGGGGACGCCCACUCUGGUCCUGAGGAGCUGCGGGACCCUCUUGGGACACGUCUCCAUCUUCUCUGGCCUACUUCCGUAUCCUGUGCUGAAGCUAGCGGAGCGCACACUUUUCAAGUUUCUGCCUAGACUGCUGUGUCCGGUGGUCGACAGUGCCCUGAGCGUCGUCAACGAGUUGCUGGGGGCCGUCCUCUGUUUGGUGCCGAUGGGGGCCCUGGGGAGUGUGGAAUUCACCGUGGCCGCCAUCCCCCUGAUCCAGGACCAGUACAUCGAACUGGACAUCGCGCCCAUCGUCAGGAACGUGGCGGGGGAUUUGGUGGAUGCCCCCCGGCCCCCCGAGGCCUCGGAACCCACCGAGCCCCCCGAGCCCCUCUCCCUUCCCCCCAAAGAGGACCACGCGUCCCAGGUGACCGUCCCCGCCUACCUCUUCUCCGCCGUCUUCGCCCUCCUCCAGUCGAACGGGGCCCUCGACACGGACAUCACCGAGGACUUGGUUCCCGGCACAAUUGCUCUGACCACCACCUCUCUGGCCUCCGUGAUUCCUGAGCCUCUGGGGAAUUUGCCCCCAGACCAGCAGCUGCUGCUCACACCGAGGGUCAAGAAGACCCCCGCGGUCACCCUACAGAAGGCCAAAGCCACCGUGUCCGUCCCCGUGUCCGUCGAAGUCCUGGCCGGCCCUCAGCUCCAAGUGCCGCAAUCCCUGUUCGUCCUGGAUUCCGACGUUAGGCUGAACGCACAGUUGAGCCCGUCUUCUGCCACGUUACACGUCGCCUUGUCCCUGGACGGACUCACUGCCAAGCUGGCUUCCUCCGACAAGGUCUCCUUUGAUGCGUCCCCUCUGGAAGAGUGGCUGGGAGACGUCUUCAGGACCGCCUACGUGCCCAAGAUCAACGCGCACCUAGAAGUGGGGAUCCCUCUGCCCAGGGUGCUGGCCGUGAAUUUCUCAGGGGCAGAGGUGGACAUCAUCGACAACGCGGUGCUGCUGACAGUGCGGUCCAGCGGUUAGAGGGCAGCGUGUCGACACUUCCUCGCCUGCUGGGGGUGGGGGGAUAGGAGACCCCAGAACCUUCAUUUUCUCCAUCCUGAUCACCCAAUUUUCCCCCUUCCCCCCCCCCCCCCCACAAGCCCUCCAUUUGCCUUUCGAUCCCACCCCUCACCCCGCAAGACCCUGAGGUUGAUAUGUUGCCAACAACCCCUUCCCCCUGCUGGGGUCGGUGGGAUUCUCCCAGCCUGGGCUCGCCGGUGACACCAGGCCCAAGUUCCACCACGUCCGAGCAUUUCCUAGGACGCUGCUGCGAUGAAGACUUCGGACGCCAUCGCGAUCGAUGGUAUUUAUUGAACGCUUACUGUGUGCAGAGCACUGUUCUGAGCGCUUGGGAGAGAACGAUGCAACAAUAAAGGCUUUAUUUACUUCCCCAGCACACCCACCCCGGUCUUCCUCUCCAUCUCCCCUCUCCAGCGGGCUGACUCUUUCUUUUUAUGGUAUUGGCUAAGCGAUCACUCUGUGUCAGACACUGUAGUGAGCGCUGGAAGCAAAUACACAAGUGGAAAUAUAUAAUAUUGAUUCAUUAA